UUUUUUUUUUUAAGGAUCUGUGUGAGAAUGACCGUGUUCUUCUGUCUCUUAAACUUUGUAUCUGCAUCUCAAAGUAGCUGUAAUUUGGAGGAGACUAGUGAAUAUCCUGCUGAGUUAUGAGAAGACAUUCACCACCGUAAAACAGUCUGGAAGAAGAUUUCUCUAAGAAAAUCAAAGAGCAUAGAAUCCUUUAAUAAAACAGAAGACAUUUAGAAUUUCAUAAGCUUUUGGCUCUCCAGGUCUUAAAAAAAAAAAAAGAAAAAAUGAAUCGUUACACAAUCAUCAAACAACUAGGUGAUGGCACCUAUGGCAGUGUGUUGAUGGGGAAGAGCAAUGAGUCAGGAGAACUUGUGGCUAUCAAAAGAAUGAAAAGAAAGUUCUAUUCAUGGGAUGAAUGUAUGAAUUUGAGAGAAGUCAAGUCUCUGAAGAAGCUAAAUCAUGCCAAUGUAAUAAAACUGAAAGAAGUCAUACGAGAAAAUGACCACCUUUACUUUGUAUUUGAAUACAUGAAGGAAAAUCUCUAUCAGUUAAUGAAGGACAGAAACAAGUUGUUCCCUGAGUCAGUCAUCAGAAACAUGAUGUAUCAGAUAUUACAAGGGCUAGCUUUUAUCCAUAAACACGGAUUUUUUCAUAGAGAUAUGAAACCUGAAAACCUUCUCUGUAUUGGACCAGAACUUGUGAAAAUAGCAGAUUUUGGUUUGGCUAGAGAACUAAGGUCUCAGCCACCUUAUACAGAUUAUGUUUCUACCAGGUGGUACCGUGCUCCUGAAGUUUUGCUAAGAUCAUCUAUUUAUAGCUCACCUAUUGAUAUGUGGGCAGUUGGCAGCAUAAUGGCUGAAUUGUACACACUAAGACCUCUUUUCCCAGGCACGAGUGAAGUAGAUGAAAUCUUCAAAAUUUGCCAAGUAUUAGGGACCCCAAAGAAGAGUGACUGGCCAGAAGGAUACCACCUUGCUUCUGCCAUGAAUUUCCGUUUCCCACAAUGUGUCCCUAUAAGCCUAAAAACUCUCAUCCCAAAUGCAAGCAACGAAGCAAUACAGCUUAUGAGUGAUAUGCUGAACUGGAAUCCAAAGAAGAGACCUACAGCAAGUCAGGCUUUGAAGUACCCUUACUUUCAAGUUGGCCAAGUUUUAGGACCUCCUCCGCAGUUUCUGGAGAAGCAGACUCCUAUUAAAGCAGUUCAGCCAACAGAGCCAAAGCCAGCUUUACCUAAACUGGAAACUUUAUCCAAGCCAGAACCUCUGUCUUCACCUGAUGUACCCAACAAAACACAGCCGCAGCCCCUGUCAAAGGUUAACCACCAGCCUCUCCAGCAAAUUCAGUUGCCUCAGAAUACAGCUAACCAGCAAGUACAAAACCAGCAGCAGCCACAGGCACAACCAUUUUUUCCAACUAUCAAUAAAAACUCAUCACCAAAACAAGCAGCUAGUGGCCCUCAAAAUGGUGCAGUGGGUCCUAAAAGCUGCAGAAGACGAUGGGGUCAGACUUUGGUAAAGGCUGUGGAUAGCUGGGAUGACUUGGAUGACACUGAAUUUGGAAUGUCAUGUUCAAAGAAGCCUAGUAUUGCACUGUUAAAAGAAAAGAAAAACAAGGAAUGCCUUUUUAGUGUGCCAGAACCAAAAGCUGCAUGCUGUAUCCAGCCAGGAGGGGAAAAUAAGGUUCUGAUGAGAAAUGAUUCUGGAAGAUCAAAUACAUCAGCAAAACAGUACUACCUAAGGCAAUCAAGAUACCUACCUGGUGUAAACCCUAAGAGUGUCUCUUUAGUAGCAGUCAAUAAAGAAGGAUCACAUGGAACCUGGAACAACCAGUUGUUUUCUAAACCGCUGGCACAUACUGGAGGAGUGACUUUUAACAGAAAUACUACAGAUGAGAACUUAAUUAUACCUAUUGAAAAGCUAUCAUGCAAAGAAAGGUUGAAUGAAAAAUUAGAGGAUCCAAAAGGAAAUCCUGGCUUUGUAAGUGGUGCUGCUUACAACCCAUCUGGAGUAUAUAUCCCUUCGUUUCAUAAAAAAGAAGUUGGAUCAGCUGGACAACGGAUACAGUUAGCUCCUCUGGGUGCACCUGUAUCAGAUUAUUCCUGGAAAAGCAAAGCUGCUCAUGCUCAGUUACCAGGUCCUACUUUCAAUUCAGCAGCAAAACACAUGAAUAUUUUAACUCGUCCACCAACAAUUCAGCCAGUACAUGGAAGAACAGACUGGGUGGCCAAAUAUGGAGGAAACAGAUAA